AUGGCUUCUGAUAUUACAUUUGAAGACCUCAAAAAUGAGAAUGUUGAUCUUGAAAACAUUCCCGUGGAUGAGGUCUUUAAGGCACUAAAAUGUAACCGAGAAGGUCUAUCAUCCGAAGAAGGACAGAAAAGGCUCAGUAUUUUUGGACCCAACAAGCUAGAGGAGAAAAAGGAGAGCAAGAUACUCAAGUUCUUGGGUUUUAUGUGGAAUCCACUAUCAUGGGUUAUGGAAGCAGCUGCUAUUAUGGCCAUUGUAUUGGCCAAUGGAGGGGGCAAACCACCGGAUUGGCAAGAUUUCACUGGUAUUACGGUGCUGCUUAUCAUUAACUCCACCAUCAGUUUCAUUGAGGAAAACAACGCAGGUAAUGCCGCAGCCGCUUUGAUGGCUGGGCUUGCACCCAAGACCAAGGUGCUGAGAGAUGGAAAAUGGAGCGAACAAGAGGCAGAAAUAUUGGUCCCAGGAGACGUGAUCAGCAUCAAGCUGGGAGAUAUUGUCCCAGCAGAUGCUCGUCUCUUGGAGGGAGAUCCCCUCAAGAUUGACCAAGCUGCUCUCACUGGUGAGUCCUUGCCAGUCACAAGGCACCCUGGUGAGGAGGUCUUCUCUGGUUCCACCUGCAAGCAAGGUGAGAUUGAAGCAGUCGUCAUUGCCACCGGCGUCCACACCUUUUUUGGCAAGGCUGCACACCUUGUAGACAGCACCAACAAUGUUGGUCACUUCCAAAAGGUGUUGACCGCCAUUGGUAACUUCUGCAUUUGCUCAAUUGCUGUGGGAAUGCUUGUUGAGAUCGUUGUCAUGUACCCAAUCCAGCAUAGGGCAUAUAGAGAUGGUAUUGACAACUUGUUGGUGCUUCUCAUCGGAGGAAUCCCCAUUGCCAUGCCCACAGUCUUGUCUGUGACCAUGGCUAUUGGGUCCCACCGUUUGUCUCAACAAGGUGCCAUCACCAAGAGGAUGACAGCUAUUGAGGAAAUGGCAGGAAUGGAUGUCCUUUGCAGUGAUAAGACUGGAACUCUCACCCUUAACAAGCUUACCGUCGACAAGCAAUUGAUUGAGGUGUUUCCCUCUGGCAUGGACGUCAACACCGUUGUCCUAUAUGCUGCCAGGGCUUCUAGGGUUGAAAACCAGGACGCCAUUGAUGCAUCCAUUGUUGGAAUGUUGAGCGAUCCAAAAGAGGCAAGAGCAGGAAUCACUGAGGUGCACUUCUUGCCCUUUAAUCCUGUGGACAAGCGCACUGCCAUUACCUUCAUUGACAGCAACGGCAACUGGCAUAGAAGCAGCAAGGGCGCCCCUGAACAAAUCAUUGAACUUUGUGACCUCAAGGGAGAGGUUUUGAAAAAGGCUCACACCAUCAUCGAUCAGUUUGCUGAUCGCGGUCUUCGUUCAUUGGGUGUUGCUCGCCAGGUGAGAACUGUUUCAGAAAAGACCAAGGAGAGUGCAGGUGAAGCAUGGGAAUUCUUGGGUCUCUUGCCUCUCUUUGACCCUCCAAGGCAUGACAGUGCUGAAACCAUUCGCCGCGCUCUCGACCUCGGCGUCAAUGUUAAGAUGAUCACUGGUGACCAACUUGCCAUUGGUAAAGAAACCGGCCGCAGGCUUGGAAUGGGAACUAACAUGUACCCUUCUUCCUCCCUCCUUGGCGGCAGCAAGGACGAGGCCAUUGCAACCAUCCCAGUCGAUGAACUGAUUGAGAUGGCUGAUGGAUUUGCUGGAGUCUUUCCUGAGCACAAAUACGAGAUUGUAAAGAGGUUGCAGGAUAGAAAACACAUCGUUGGAAUGACCGGAGAUGGUGUGAACGAUGCACCAGCACUGAAGAAGGCCGACAUUGGUAUCGCAGUGGCCGAUGCAACUGACGCCGCCAGGAGUGCCUCUGACAUUGUUCUGACUGAGCCUGGACUCAGUGUGAUCAUCAGCGCUGUGUUGACAAGCAGAGCCAUCUUCCAGAGGAUGAAGAACUACACAAUCUACGCUGUUUCCAUCACAAUCCGUAUUGUGCUUGGGUUCCUCCUCGUUGCUCUCAUCUGGAAGUUCGACUUCUCACCUUUCAUGGUUCUAGUCAUUGCAAUUUUAAAUGAUGGAACCAUCAUGACCAUCUCCAAGGACAGAGUGAAGCCAUCUCCAGUUCCUGACUCAUGGAAGCUCAACGAAAUCUUCGCCACCGGUGUUGUUCUCGGAACAUACAUGGCAGUCACCAGUGCUUGCUUUUUCUAUAUCAUCCAUGACACUACUUUAUUCUCUAAGCAUUUUGGUGUCUCCGACAUAUCAACAAGUGAGGAGCAGCUUAACUCUGCUCUGUACCUUCAAGUGAGUAUUAUCAGCCAGGCAUUGAUCUUUGUAACAAGGUCAAGGGGCUGGUCUUAUUGUGAACGCCCUGGUUUCAUGCUUGUUGGAGCCUUCCUUGCUGCACAAUUGGUGGCAACUCUCAUCGCUGUGUACGCACACUGGGACUUUGCCAAGAUCCAUGGAGUUGGGUGGGAAUGGGCUGGAGUCAUCUGGCUCUACAGCAUUGUUACUUACAUCCCGCUUGACAUCCUUAAGUUCAUUAUCCGCAUGGGACUCUCAGGUAGUGCUUGGGACAACAUGCUCAACAACAAGACUGCAUUCACCAACAAGAAGGACUAUGGAAAGGGUGAGAGGGAAGCUCAAUGGGCAAAGGAUCAGCGCACAAUGCACGGUCUUCAUGUUAACGAAUCCUCAAAGCACGGCAGCCACCACCGCGAGCAAUCGGCUGAACUAGCCGAGCAAGCCAAGAGACGUGCUGAGGCUUCUAGGCUAAAAGAGCUCCACACACUCAAGGGACACGUUGAAUCGGUUGUGAAGCUAAAGGGUCUUGACAUUGACACCAUUCAACAACAUUACACAGUUUAG